ACCAAGUCCGCUUUGCUGUUCUCCAAUUGACUCUGUUGUUUCGUUGCUUUAUAUUCUCAUUCAUACUUUGAAAAUCUCGCACUGCUUCCCGCCUUUCAACCAAACCCCGGACACCCCGGAUUUUCAGAAGAGCCGCAGCAGCAACCGCAGCCAUGGCGACAUCAGAAGCGGCCAUUUCUCGGACAGAGAUCCUCGAAAAAUACACAAGUCUCGACCAGAGGGGCAUUGUCAUCGCCGAAUACGUCUGGAUCGAUUCAGAGGGCAACACCCGCUCCAAGACUCGCACCCUUGAGCCUCGCGAAGACGGCAAGCCCUGGGAUGUCGACACAUUACCCAUCUGGAACUUUGACGGGAGCUCCACCGGCCAGGCUCCUGGCGACAACUCAGAUGUCUACCUCCGCCCUUGUGCCGUCUACCCGGACCCGUUCAGGAAGGGAAACAACAUUCUCGUUCUGACGGAGUGCUGGAACCACGACGGAACCCCCAACAAGUACAACUACCGCCACGAGUGCGCGAAGCUCAUGCAGGCCCACGCCGACGCAGAGCCCUGGUUUGGCCUGGAGCAGGAGUACACCCUCUUGGACUUGAACGAUAGGCCUUAUGGCUGGCCCCAGAACGGCUUCCCCGCGCCCCAAGGCCCCUACUACUGCGGUGUCGGCGCCGGCAAGGUUGUGCAGCGCGAUAUUGUCGAGAGCCACCUCCGCGCCUGCAUUUACGCUGGCAUCAAGAUCUCUGGCACCAACGCCGAGGUCAGCAAGUCACAAUGGGAGUUCCAAGUUGGCCCUUGCGUUGGCAUCAGCAUGGGUGAUGAUCUGUGGAUGGCCCGUUACAUCCUCGCCCGCGUGGCCGAGGACUUUGGUGUCAAGGUCUCGCUCCACCCCAAGCUCAUCCCUGGCGACUGGAACGGUGCCGGCCUGCACAGCAACUUCUCGACCAAGGAGAUGCGCCAAGAGGGAGGUAUGAAGGCUAUCGAGGCUGCCAUCAAGAAGCUAGAGGGUCGCCACGCGGAGCACAUCGCUGUGUACGGCGAGGACAACGAGAAGCGCCUCACCGGCCGCCACGAGACAGGCGCCAUCGACUCAUUUACCUAUGGCGUUGCCAACCGCGGCGCGUCUAUCCGCAUUCCUCGUGAAGUCGCUGCCAAGGGCUACGGUUACUUCGAGGACCGCAGACCCGCCAGCAACGCCGACCCCUACCGUGUCACCGGCAUCCUCAUGGAGACGAUCUACGGGCCCGUUUAAGAGCAAGUGGAUGCCUAUUGGAGUUUAAUUCGCCCCCAAACACAAGAACUCAGGGCAUGGGGGCAUAAUGAGUUUUGCUAUGGGUGUCAUGCUGUGUUGCAUACAUAAAAAUUAUCAUUCCAAAUCCUACGCCUUCUCGAUCUGUCCCUGAGGCGGGUCCAGAGGGGUUGGGGCAUUUAUUAGAGGCGCUACUGCAUGCACGCCUUGCCAGUUGUAUUUCCAAGGCCAAUGCCUGGCUUAGGCGGACGAGAGUAUAUGGGUUUUGACGCUGCCUAUUGUGAUAGACUUACCGUAGGGCGCCAAGGGUGAUUCGGGAAAAGGUGCGGGGCAUAAGAUCAAUAGAUAAAAGAUGAGGCCGUAAUAAGCUAUCAUCAGUGUGGAUUGACAUUCUGAUAAUAAUAACUCUUGGCUCCU